AUGGCGAGCCGCGGCAGGGCGUUCGCGGCCGGCGCGCUGUUCCUGCUGCUCGAGCUCGCGCUGCAGGGCGCCGCGGAGUCGCCGCUCGUGCCGGCGAUGUUCGUGUUCGGGGACUCCCUGGUGGACGUCGGCAACAACAACCACCUGGCCAGGUGCAACGCCAGCUGCAGGGCCGACUAUCCGCGCUACGGCGUCGACCACCCCUGCCACUCGCCGACGGGGCGCUUCAGCAACGGCUACAACUUGGCAGACCAACUAGCCCAGCUGCUCGGCUUUCCCGAGAGCCCGCCGCCUCUCCUCUCCCUGCUCAAGGCGCGCCUCGUUCCGCAGAUGAGCUCGGGCGGCAUCAACUUCGCGUCGGGAGGGGCGGGGCUCCUCGACAGGACCGGUCCCAGAGUGUGUGGUGGGGAGGUGCUGUCCAUGACGGCGCAGGUCGGCAACUUCACGAGCCUCGCUCGACGGUGGCGACGCGAAAACCGGACAACGGCGGCCGACCUCAUCUCCAGAUCCUUGUUCUUCAUCAGCGUCGGCAGCAACGACCUGUUCGAGCACAUCGAUUUCCCCUCGGCCCCGAACCGUAACGACAUCCGGUUCUUGCAGGACCUCGUCGCCUCCUACACGAGCUACAUCAAGGACCUGUACGCCGCCGGGGCGAGGAAAUUCAGCGUGGUGAGCCCGUCGCUGGUGGGGUGCUGCCCGUCGCAGAGGGCGCUGGCGCACGACCCCAGCAAGGGCCCCAUCGGCGUCGACAAGUUCGGCUGCCUCGGCGCGGCGAACAACCUCUCCCGGCAGCUGCACCCCAUGGUGGCCGACAUGCUGCAGGGCCUCAGCCUGGAGCUGCCGCGCAUGAACUACUCCCUCGGCGACGCCGUCGGGAUGGCCGAGUUCGUCUUCAACAGCCCAAGCACGCCGGCCUACAACUUCACGGAGCUUGAGAGGGCGUGCUGCGGCAGUGGGGAAUUCGGCGAGGGUGGGUGCAAUGGCUCGGCUCCCCUGUGCGGGAACCGCAGCAGCUACGUGUUCUGGGACAGGUUCCACCCGACGGAGGCCGCGUCGGCGGUCACCGCUAAGGAGCUCUUCGUCGACACCGGGCUCUUCGUGCGCCCGAUCAACGUGCAGCAGCUGGUGGCGCCGCAACCAUAAGUACACGUA